AUGGGUGUGAUUUCGGGAUGUCUGAUCAUGCCAGACUUCGCUGCUCGCUUCGGCCAGAUUGGGUCAGACGGAAAACCGUAUCUGUCUAGCUCUCGCCAGUCCAUCAUAACAUCUCUGCUAUCGGCGGGAACGUUCGUUGGCUCGUUGGCUCAAGCGUUCACUUCCGACCGGUUUGGCCGUCGAGGCUCUAUCCUCAUAUGGUCCGCGGUCUUCACCGUCGGCACUGCGAUACAGACCAGUACUAUGCACUCAAUCGUGCAGAUCACCGUCGGUCGGUUCAUUGCUGGGCUUGGUGUCGGUGCCCUGUCAGCCAUCGUACCGCUUUACAACGGGGAGACGUCACCGAAAGCGCUGCGAGGAAUGCUCCUGGUGUUCUACCAAGUUCAGAUCAUCUCAGGGAUCUUCAUAAGCUAUCUCAUUGAACUUGGGACACACACCAUAAAUGGCCCUGCUUCGUGGCGCAUUCCAGUGGGCCUCCAGAUCUUGUGGGGCUGCAUCCUUCUCUCGGGGAUCUUCUUCCUCCCUGAAUCACCCCGUCACCUGCUGGGAACCGGCAGGGAAGAAGAAGCACGCGUGGUGGUAGCGGAGCUGAAUAGUGUAUCCCAAGACGAUCCUGUUGUCGCGGAGAUUCUCGAGGAGCUCGAGUUUGGCAUCAAGGCAGAGAACGACGGCGGGAAGGCGACAUGGCUGGAGUGUUUCUCAACACGGAACCUGCUAUGGAGGCGGACGAUUAAUGGCAUGAUGCUGCAGUUCAUUCAGCAGCUGAAUGGGCAGAACUUCUACUAUUACUACGGCGACACAUUCUUCUCCAGCGCAGGCACUCAACUAUCACCAUAUGCCAUUCAGACCAUCCUUGGGGCAGUGUCCGUUGCAGGCACUUUACCUUCGCUAUACCUCAUUGAGACUUGGGGCCGUCGGAAAUCGCUGCUCGUAGGCGCCGCCCUUGAGGCACCCUGUGCUAUCAUCGCUGCGCUUGUGGGCCAUUACAUGCUCGCCUCGUCUGGUACUCCCAGUGACCAACUUUCGGCUCGCAACCGGCAAGGCGGUGACGUCGUCAUCACUUUCGCAAUUUUACACGUAUUUGCGUUUGGGUUAUCUUGGGGCCCGACACCGUGGGUCUACCUCGGUGAAAGUUUCCCUUUGCGCGUCAGGUCGAAGUGCAUUGCUCUAGGGAGUGCAACAGACUGGAUGUGUAACUUCUUCCUCACUUUCUUCUCCCCGCGGAUAGCUGCACGAAUCGGCCCGCUGAUCUUGCUCAUCUUCUUCGGAAUGCUGGUGUUCGGCUUCAUUUACGUGUACUUCUUCAUUCCUGAAACUUUGGGACUGAGCUUGGAGGAGGUUGACGAGAUGUACCGCUCUGGGGUCAAGCCGUGGAACUCAUCGAAUUGGCGGCCAUCGGAGAAACAUAUACAUGACAAGGUCGAAAUGGUCGAAGUCAGAGAGAUCAAGAACAAAGACGACGAUAAUGACACCAGUGCGGCUGGUGCAUCAGCCACAUGA